AUGCGAGUCUCAAUUGUUGUCUCCCUCCUUGCGGCUGUCGCCAUCGCUGUCCCGUUCGAUGCCAAGAGAGUCGCCGACCUUACUACCAACAUCGACUCGAACUCGAAGACCUUGAUCACCAAGAGACAGGGACUUAAUCUGGGGUCUCUUCCUGCUGGCAGCCCCCUUCUUAUGGAAGUUGUGGACCCUCUCAACUGA